GGCAUCAUAACAUUAUAGUUCUCGUCCCGGCAUCCUUUGCGCUCUCUUCGCCCGGCCGCCGCCGACAUGGGACGCGUGCGAACAAAGACCGUGAAAAAGGCCGCCCGGGUCAUCAUUGAAAAGUACUACACCCGCCUUGGGAAUGACUUCCACACCAACAAGCGAGUCUGCGAGGAGAUCGCCAUCAUCCCUAGCAAAAAGCUUCGCAACAAGAUUGCCGGGUAUGUCACCCACCUGAUGAAGCGCAUUCAGAGAGGACCAGUCAGAGGCAUCUCUAUCAAACUGCAGGAAGAGGAAAGAGAGAGAAGGGAUAACUACGUCCCGGAGGUCUCUGCCCUGGAUCAAGAGAUCAUUGAAGUAGAUCCCGACACCAAGGAGAUGUUGAAGCUACUGGACUUUGGCAGCCUGUCCAACUUGCAGGUCACGCAGCCCACCGUAGGGAUGAACUUCAAAACCCCAAGAGGUGCCAUCUGAAACCAUCACCGUACUGUCACUUUUACAAUAAAUAUGUAGAAACAAAG